AAUUCCAUUUCCAGGUCACGACGGGCAUUCCUUGUCUUCUUUCUGCGAUGGCCAUUCUGAUAUACGAUAUACUUUGGCAUCAUCACCAUCACACAUUCACUACAGACAUUGUCGCCUUACAUUCCACGUCGUUUUUGCCUAGUUCAGUCGUCAUUUUCAGACACAUUACCAGCUGGAAACAGAAUAGAUCGUGAAGGCACUUUUUUACUUAUACUGCCAUGAGACAUCCAUCCAUUCCAUCCUCGGAUUCUAGUAUCAUGACAUCUCUUAGUUCAUUGAGCAAGGGUUUGCUUUUGUUUAUAUGGAAGAUGAAAGGGAUGCCGAAGAUGCAAUUCGUGCUCUUGACCGCUAUGAAUUUGGCAGGAAAGGACGUCGGCUUCGGGUUGAGUGGACAAAGCAAGAACGCAAUGUCAGACAGCCUGUAAGCUCAAAGAGGUCUUCAUCUAAUUCAAGGCCAUCAAAAACCCUGUUUGUUAUCAAUUUUGACCCAUAUAAUACAAGGACAAGAGAUUUGGAGAGGCACUUUGAUUCUUUUGGUAAGAUUUUGAACAUAAGGAUCAGAAGGAAUUUCGCGUUCAUACAGUAUGAGCUACAGGAGGAUGCCACUAAAGCUCUUGAAUCUAGAAAUAUGAGCAAGCUGAUGGAUCGGGUUAUUUCUGUUGAAUAUGCCAUUAAAGAUGAUGAUGAUAGAAAGAAUGGGAAUAGCCCUAAUGGAGGUCGUGACAGGUCACCUCGUAGAAGAAAUGAUGAUAGGGGGAGGUCACCUAGUCCGUAUAGGAGAGAGAGAGGAAGUCCUGACUAUGGCCGUGGACGGGACAGGGGUAGCCCUGAUUAUGGUCGUGGACGGGGCCGCAGCCCAAGCCCCCCGCGAAGGAACCGUGGAAGCCCUGAUUAUGGUCGGGGGGCUAGCCCUGGUUUAAAUGGGAGGGAUAGAAGCAUGAGUCCGAAUGGAAGGGCAAGGAACACUGAUUAUCGUCGUGAUCGUAGUCCGAGUCCUCGUAGGGAGAGGGAAAGGAGCCCCCCUCGUCGUGGCCGUGGUUCCAUUUCAAAGGAGAGGGUUAGCUCUGAAUAUGAACAGGGUGCAAUUGUGAGUCCUAGGAGUGAAGGUAGGAUUAGUCCCGGUGAGUCCCCUCGUGAAGCAAGCCCUGGUGUCAAACCAGGUCUGCCUGACAGCCCUGGGUAUAGCGGAGCCGAAAGUCCACCCGAGCGCUAUCGCAGUAGGUCACCAGCAGCAAGGGAGAGAUCUCGUUCUUGAUUGGCCACCAACCAAAACCAGAUGGUGAAUGUCGGUAGGGUGAAUCGCCUUGCAGUUUAGGAUCUUAUGGACUUUUGAUUGUCUCAAACCUUUGCGUGUACUGUGCAUUGCAGUGUAAGUUGUUGUAGGCUUUACAUUUGAACUAUUUGCAUAAUAUGAAGAAUGUAAUGGAGGAUUUACUUGUCAUGUACUGAAGCUGCUGACUCUCAAUCUAGAUUAUCUCUUUGAUUC